AUUGCGCCCUGUUAAUAACAUUACAGCAAAUGUUAAAGCUAUUUUUAAGGUGCCCACAGUUGCGUAUGUGUUUCGUGACGAAGAAGAAGAGCGAAAGCAACAAGAAAGAAACAAAUUUUAAUUUCGACGCGUUGUGCAAACGCCUUGUUCAGUGUGUGUGCAAAUCAUAAAGCAAUAAAAUGUCGAAACGACUUGCAGCCAGCACCGAUGAAGGCGCCAGCAACAAUACAGAGCAGAACGCAACCAAUGCCAACAAUAACAUCAUCAAUCUAGACGACAGCGACGACGAAGACGACGACAUGCAAUUUGUAGGCCUUGUUCAUCCUGAGAUGCCAACAAUCGAUCUCUGCGUUUCGCCAUCCACCUCGGCAGCAGCGGCAGCUGCUGCUGCUUCUUCUGCCACUGCUGCUGUUGCUGCAACAUCAGCGAGCGCAGCAAGUGAAGCACUCAAAACUGCCAACAUAGAAACAGACGUUGCUGUUGUUACAUCUAAUGCGACGUCAGGUGCUGACGCACCUGGUCCCACCGCCACCUUGGAGUGCCCCAUAUGCCUGCAGACGUGCAUUCAUCCCGCCCGCCUGCCUUGCGGUCACAUCUUUUGCUUCUUGUGCGUUAAGGGCGUUGCUUAUAAGAAUCGUCGCUGUGCCAUGUGUCGUCGUGAGAUUCCCGCCGAGUUUCUGGAUCAUCCGCAGCUGGUGAAUGGCAUUGAUGACAUUUGUGCCACACGCGCCACAGAGGACGGCUAUCAGUGGUACUACGAGGGACGGAAUGGUUGGUGGCAGUACGACGAUCGCACCAGCCAGGACAUUGAGGAGGCCUUCAAAAAGGGCGACAAAUCGUGCACCAUACUCGUCGCUGGCUAUGUCUACAUUGUGGAUCUGGAGCAGCUGGUGCAGCAGCGUCAAAACGAGCCGACGCGCUGUCGUCGCGUCAAACGUGAUCUGGCCACCAUACCGAAGAAGGGCGUGGCAGGACUACGCAUCGAGGGCAAUCAGGUGACCAGCGACACGGUGUUCAGUCGUCCCAGCAAUCCAACGCCAACGGCCGCCGCCGCUGGUGGCCCGCCCACAUUUAUAUCGACCAUUGCGGCACGGGAUGCGGCCAUACGCAUCGCCAGCGACAUAAUCGGAUCCACGCUGGCGGCGGCAGAUGAGCUGACGCGUGGCCUGGCCGCCAGCAACAUCAGCGACAGCGUCAACGACUUAAGCGGUGAGCAAAUCUACACAGCCAACACAGCAGGUGCAACAGGUGAUGAGCAGCAGUCAGGUACGGGUGUGGGUGUGGGCAUAGGUGUUGCCGCUGCGCGUUCGCUUGCCUCCUCGCACUCGAAUUCCAUACAGGAUCUCAUGCGCAGUGCCACAGAGGAUUUGCUGGACACCACGCAACAGGUGAUCGAGACCAAUCAGCAUACCAUAGAUCUCUUCGAGCAGGCCUUGAAUGACUUCCAGGCGCUCACCCUGCGCAACUUUGCCGAUUCCAGUGAUGAGGACGACGAUGACGACGACGAGGCUAAUGUGAAUAUUGAUAGGGAUAAUGUUGCGAUUGAUAACAGUGGCAGCGAGGCAGCUGAGGCAGCUGUGGCGACUGAGGCGAGCGAACAACACGAACAGAAUGGGCCGUUAGGUUUCUAAUUUCUAAUUUCCGAUUCACAAUUUCACAACACAAACACAAAAAGAAAAGCUAAAAGCUCGAAACGCGAACGAAGUUCCUUUAGAAAUGUCAACAUUUCAGAAUGUUAACUAGAGAAAUGCGGCGCGUACCUGAGAAUCUAUAUCUACAUAUAGAGAAAGAACACUUUAAGCAAAAGAAAGUGAUGCAACAGAGGAGAGAGACAGCCUACAGGGUAACAUACAUACAUACAUACAUAGCUACACAGGUACACAUAGUGCAUAUACAAAUUCCUUAUCAAUCUGAACCUGAGCAACUAUUAACUAUGCAUAUACUGAGCUAGAUGUGAUCUGGAAAGCAGUAAUAUCAAAUGGUCCUUGAGAAGAAUGAAAAAAAAAAACAAAAACAAAAAGCUCAAAGAGAACAAAUUCUCAUUAGAGAACAGAAACAAAAUAAAAUCUAACGUAUUGGAACUUAGCAGCUAGGCAGGUUUUCUUUGAUCGGUUGUACAGCAACCUAUAGAUAUAAUCACCCAAAGAACUUGAACUAAAAUCUCAUUGAGACAGGGCAUUAGCUAGCCCUUGCUCUAUAUACUCAUCAACUAUACCAAAACAUUCGAAAAUAUCCCGCAAGCCGAGCCACCAAGAAAGCGUAGUGUGAGAUGGACAAUACAUAUAAAUUCGAUUGGGUUUUCAAUGGGAGGUUGAAUUCAUUGGAUUCAAGCGCGAUUCGGUUCACAUCUAAUGCCCCGACGUGAGAGACACCCUGUAUUCGUAUUAUAUAUCAUAAGUCGCCGUUAAGUGCGUUAAAACAAACAAUUUCUGUGAACAUUUUAAUUAUAGCUCUUAUAUAUAAGUUAUAUCAUAGAGCAUUUCGUGAGGCAAUUGAGUUCCCUGAAAGAGCAUUCA